UCCGACAGACACAGCGUCUCCAAAAAAUGCUGCCAGACUCCAUGAAUCUGGAUUAUUUCAGUCCCGUGUCCGACUGAGCCGCGUUUUAGUGAAAUCACCUGUUUUUUAAAGGAGCUUUGGUGGAGGUAAACAUACAGGGUGUGUCUGGACGCUAAAGAAAACCAAACUUUUUAUGCCUUUUUUUAAAAUUUUGAAGUGAAUGUCAGGAGAAAAUUGAGGAGGAAACUGGAGCAGCACCAUGCCGGGGGACAGAGGGGUGUACGCGGUGAAGAGGAGGAAGAAACCCGUUCAGAAAAGCGUGAAGCCUCCGCCUGUGAAGACCAAUCCGUCCAAACGCCACCGGGACCGUCUGAACGGCGAACUGGACCGACUCACCGACAUGCUGCCGUUCUCCCAGGAGGUCAGAGGUCGCCUGGACAAACUGUCGGUGCUCCGGCUCAGUGUGGGAUACCUCAAGGUCAAGAGUUACUUCCACGGAGUCCAGCUGGUCUUUCCUCUGUUUGUGCCUCUCUUGGCUGCUAUCGGCCGGCUGAUCGCUGCUGUUGACGGAGCAGAGGGGGUGCAGAGGGAGGAAGAGGAGGGCUGGAGGCUCUGCGGCACGCCGGCAUGA